AUGCAUGGAACUGGCGUUGCAAAGGAAUUUUUGAUCAAAAAGAAUGAUGCUGCUUUGACAGAAAUAAUUUAUAAUUCGAGGAUGGAGAGGAGGAGAGUAGCGGAGGCUGCAAAGGGUGUAGGAAGACCGAAGGUUGGCGGACCGUUUGAAUUGGUGGAUCAUAAAGGAGAGAAGUUUAGCAGUGAAAAUAUGAAGGGCAAAUAUAGUUUGGUCUACUUCGGCUUCACCCACUGUCCCGACAUUUGUCCCGAAGAACUCGACAAAAUGGCCCAAAUGAUUGACUUGAUCAACAACUCUCCCACACGCACGUCCUCCACCCCUUCACUCCUUCCGAUUUUCAUCACAUGCGACCCUGCCCGCGAUACUCCUGCUGUGCUCGCCACUUACUUGGCGGAAUUUCAUCCUAGUAUUAUUGGAUUGACUGGAACGUGGGAACAAAUCAAGGAUAUCUGUAAGAAAUACCGGGUUUAUUUCUCGACGCCAGAGGGCGUUCAGAAAGGACAGGAUUAUUUGGUCGAUCAUAGUAUUUAUUUUUAUCUGAUGGAUCCGGAGGGCGAUUUUGUUGAGGCGAUUGGAAGGCAACAUAGUCCAGAACAGGCGGCAAGGAUUAUCGGGGAACAUAUUGGGGACUGGAAGAGGUGA